AACCCAUUGGUGCGUGAUUAUUUUAUUACCAACCCAAAUGGCAGUGGUUAGGCAAUCAGACCACCUUUUCUGCAUUUGCCUUGCCCAAGCAUCAGUGUUCCACAAAGCCAACCGGAAUUUCCCACCGCUCUGUCAAAUGCAUCAUCCCCAACCUCUGAGAAGUGGUAAACAGGGCCCGUCCCACCAAUGAUGUCUCUCACACCUAGAAGGGAAUAAGAACAAGAUUCCAAAACUUUCCUACAUACUUCCCACCCCCGCCCCCAACAGCCCAGAAGUUAAAAGCGCCUGUGGCACUGGCUGUUUUGCUUUGCUGUUGUGAGCUGAAGACCUGAAGAAAUCCACAACAGCCACGGCAGGUGGACGUGACAGCAAUGGACCCCCCUCAACUGUAUCUUCCAGAGUCUUUUAAGGGUGCCUGUGGAAGAGCUGGCCAGUACCGAAGACUCCAGCAACCCAGAAAGAAAAAUGGCCCCUUCAAAAGGAAGGGGAUGGAAAGAUGGCAUAGAGCUGUGUCUACCAACCUAGUAAAACAAAACAUACUGGUGCCCAAAGACGAAACGUCCGGGGAUAGCGACAUGGAAUUUCAUGAAAGCCAGCAAAAUACAAAAAAAAACUGGAUGAAGAAAGUGAAGACUGUUUUGGGAAGGAUGCUGUCCUGCAAAAGUAGAAGCAAGUCAGCAAAUGGCAGCAGAGGGGCCUCCGCUAACCCUAAGGAAACUUUCCUUUCAAACCCUCAGAGCCUUCUUCCUAGAAUUGUCAAGGACCUUCCAUCCGCCAGGUUAUUCAUGAAACCAAGAAUGAGAAAGCUGUCACAGAAUGAAGCUGAGACAGAGGAGAUAACCCAAGGAAAUACUCUACUCCGGGCCAGGAGAACCACCAAGCGGUUGUCUGUGACAUCCCUUCCUUCAGGACUGCAGAAGGUUCCGUACUCAUCAAAAAAGAGAUCCCACUUUCCAGCACUCAAAAAAAAGAAACAUAGUGUGGAAAACAUCCUCCGAAAAUCAGAUUUGACAGUGGGAAAGCUUCAAAUGCAGGUGGAUGACCUCAUAGAAACAGUGACAGAUAAAUCCAUGAAGUUACUGGCCCAAAGACAUGCGGAGCUUCAACAGUGUGAGUUUCUAGGGGAUGAAAUUCUUCAGUCUUCGAAGCAGUUCCAGAGGAUAUCCAAGAGAACCAUGAGGAAGUAUAAACUGAAAAAUGUAUGUUUCCCGUGUACCCGCUGCUGCUUCUGAUUUUGUCCCUGAUUGCACAGAACUGAUCUUUCUGGGAAUUCUUAUCUUUUGGUGCAUAAUCCUGAAUAAAUCUCUCUAGUGAAUUAAUCAACCGGGGAGAAGGACAUCUCUUAGAAUAUUCUGCCCAACAGUCCUUCAAAAAAAAUUCUUUUUCGGAAAACUGACUUUUAAUUCUGAGUCAACGUAAGCAAGUUUUUGCUUCAUAAUUCUUCCUAAUAUUGGAAAACAGAAACAUUGAUCAGGGCAUAGGAGGUCCGCAAAGAAAUUUCUCCCAUGAUUUGCCAGAUGAAAUUAGAGGAAGCCAGUUAAAGGUGUUAUGACACUUUUAGUAUGACUACUACUGAGCUAAUUUUCAACUUUCAUACUUAAAGGUAAGAAUUCUUAAGAUUACAAAAAUUUAACAUUGUUUAAAGUAUGAUUCAUGCGAACUGUCAUGUUUCCGAACUAAAAUAAAUGGUAAGGAUGGAACCUAACAAGUACUGAGCAUUAAAUUCCAUACUU